UGCAAGGCAUUGCUAGAGAAGCUUGUUAAGUACCGGAUCAGUUCUCCAGAGCGGUCAGAAAAGGAGGCAGCCAACAUGUCUGAGCGCAAAGUUCUAAAUAAAUACUACCCACCGGACUUCGACCCCUCGAAGAUCCCCAAGCUCAAGCUCCCCAAGGACCGGCAGUACGUGGUGCGGCUUAUGGCUCCCUUCAACAUGAGGUGCAAGACAUGCGGGGAGUAUAUCUACAAGGGCAAGAAGUUCAACGCCCGCAAGGAGACGGUGCAGAACGAGGUGUACCUGGGCCUGCCCAUCUUCCGCUUCUACAUCAAGUGCACCCGCUGCCUGGCAGAGAUCACCUUCAAGACAGACCCCGAGAACACUGACUACACCAUGGAGCACGGCGCCACGCGCAACUUCCAGGCCGAGAAGCUGCUGGAGGAGGAGGAGAAGCGGGUGCAGAAGGAGCGGGAGGACGAGGAGCUCAACAAUCCCAUGAAGGUGCUGGAGAACCGCACCAAGGACUCGAAGCUGGAGAUGGAGGUGCUGGAGAACCUGCAGGAGCUCAAGGACCUGAACCAGCGCCAGGCGCAGGUGGACUUUGAGGCCAUGCUGCGGCUGCACCGGCUUUCGGAGGAGGAGCUGCGGCGGCAGCAGGAGGAAGAGGACGAGCAGGAGACAGCGGCGCUCCUGGAGGAGCAGCGGAGGCUGAGGCUCCUGGAGGACUCGGACUCAGAGGACGAGGCUGCCCGCGCCCCGCCAGCCCCGCGGCCCCAGCCCACCGCCAUGCUGUGUGAGGUCCCAGAGGCCAAGAGGAAGGCGGGAAGCCUGUGCAGCAGGUCACAGCUGUCUGGCUUGGUGGUGGUGAAGAGGAUCAGGACCUCAGCGCAGGGCGCGGGCUGCCUGCAGGGCCAGGCCCCUUCCCGGCAUGGAGCCCCAGGGAGCCGAGAGGAUGCCGAGCCCUCCCCACAUCCUCCUGGCCAGUCUUCCCUGAGCCAGCUGGGAGCCUACGGGGACAGUGAGGACAGUGACAACAGCGCCUGACCCAGCACCCCGCCCGGCCACGGGCCCCAGAGCUGCAGGCACACAGAGGUCAAGAUGCCUUCCGAAGCUACCGUGGCCUCCAGGUCCCCCCUGCUGCCAGGUCAAGGCUGUGCUGCCCUGCUCUGUCCGCUGGUCACCUCUGUCCCAGCCACAGAGCUGUUGGAACCAAUAAAAGGUGCGGUCCGGGGCUGGGUACCCCGAAGA